CUACCUAAGCACUAUACUUAAACCUAACUCAUACAGUAAAAAAAAAGUAGAAGGUGAUAUGGCUUCCUCUAUGCUCUCUUCCGCUACAAUUGUCUCUUCUCCGGCUCAGGCCACAAUGGUAGCACCAUUCACCGGACUUAAGUCCUUUGCUUCUUUCCCAAUGAUCCGCAAGGGCAACACCGACAUUACUUCCAUCACAAGCAACGGAGGAAGAGUCAACUGCAUGCAGGUGUGGCCUCCUAUUGGUAAAAAGAAGUUUGAAACUCUCUCUUACCUUCCUGACCUUACCGAUGUUAAACUGGCUAAGGAAGUUGACUAUAUUAUCCGCAAUAAGUGGACUCCAUGUGUUGAAUUCGAGGUUGAGCACGGUUUUGUAUACCGUGAGCAUGGAAACAUCCCCGGAUACUAUGAUGGACGAUACUGGACAAUGUGGAAGCUUCCUUUGUUCGGAUGCACUGACGCAGAUCAAGUGUUGAAGGAAGUGGAGGAAUGUAAAAAGGAGUACCCCAACGCCUUCAUUAGGAUCAUCGGAUUUGACAACAAACGUCAAGCCCAGUGCAUCAGCUUCAUCGCGUACAAGCCACCAAGCUUCACUGGUGCUUAGUUACACAGCUUCAUUGCUUUGUGUAAACAACAAAACUUAAUCCUCCUCCACCUUUGAUUUAUCAUCUUUUUAUAUUUUUAUCUUUUGUUUUAAUUUCCGGAUUUAAUAUUUGUUUUCCGGAUUGAAAGAAAUUUUCAAUUAGGCCAUCAAAUGUCCGAUGAAAUAAAUAUGUAAUGUUAUAUGAACAUUUCAUUUUGAAU